GGGAAACAACCGACACUGGCGUGGCUCCGGGGCGCUGCUCGCUGGCAGGUCGCGUCAUCUCGCAACAAGAUGUUCUCCAGGAGCGUGGCGGUGAUGUGCCUGGCAGUUGGGCUGAUCACGUGGGCGCAUGCGACGUCUCGGAGUGAGAGGUCUCUGUUAGUCUGGCCACGUCCUUCGGCCAACAUACAGUACCUGGCGGGGUUCGGCCUGCCCAUAACUGUCGGACACAACAGUUUGACGAUGGGAACAUUCAUCAAGUCUGUCUACAACCUUCCCACGAACGGCAGCGAAUACAACCCGAUAUUGUUCCCUCUUCAGAAGAGAGACUUACAGCUGCCGGGUCGGUUCGACGUUUAUUCCUUCAUUGAGAAGCUUAUCAAAAGGUUAAGUGAGCUGGAUGGCAAGGCUUGCCUUUUGAGGUCUAUUUGCGAGACUGCAAGAAACCCUAUUCAUACCAAAGGGUGGUGGAUUGGAGACUUACUGCACAUAUUUCUAACGCCAUCGUCCUCGGAGGAGGCACUUCAGUCACAGGAUGGCAGAGACUACUUGGCUGCAGAGAGGAUGGGCAGCGGUUCUGAUUUGGAUUGUGCAGAGCUCUACAGCGAGUGUCCCAUGAGUCUCCCGAACCUCGUGUCCCGUCUGGCCUGAACACCUAUGAGAGAACUGAAGCCUUAGUGAAGCCGUGAAGUUGAAUUUACAAUAUUGUGGCAGUUUUUUUCAUCCCAUAUCAGCUGUUGUUGAUUGACAUAACACCUGUCAUUACACCCUGGACAUUAUACAAUUAAAUGU